AUGCAGUCCUGCGCCACCCCACCAUUUGGAACCCCCACCCAGCAUAGUACUUCGUCGAACUCGCCGCCGAGAUCGUCAAUGAUGACGCCGACCUCUUUGGAUGGCGAAACUCCGCGGAAGCGAUUCCCAGCGAACAAUGAAUCCGGCGAUCGACUCACUGGGUUGAGACGGGAUGGACAAUGGUCGUCGUUGCGUGCACCGCCCCCGGCACGACUGUCUUUGUCGUCGAGCAACAAAAAUCCACUUUCACCAAUCUCAUCCAAUUACAAUCAUACGCCGGCGUCUACCAACAUCGGUGCUAGAAGAAACAUUUUUUCGCCAUCCAAUCCAUCGACUCCGUUGAGCUACGGCAGAUGCUCUUUCGAAAGCAAAAGCUUGUUCUCUCCCGCGAUCACCGAACCUGUCGAGGUGGAGGCAUCUGUCGAGUACCUCGCGGAUUUGGUCAAGGAAAAGAAGCACUUGUCAUUGUUCCCGCAUAUGUUCAACAACGUUGAGCGUUUACUCGAUGAGGAAAUUGGGCGCGUUCGUGUGGCCCUGUUCCAAACGGAAUUCACCAAAGUAGAAUUACCGGAACCAUCUGGAGAUUUGUUGUCGAUUACGGAGAAGAUUUACGUACCAAAGGACGAGUACCCAGAUUACAACUUCGUUGGAAGAAUUUUGGGUCCACGCGGAAUGACCGCAAAACAAUUAGAACUCGAUACCGGAUGCAAGAUCAUGGUUCGCGGAAAAGGAUCGAUGCGCGACAAAGCAAAGGAAAACGCUCAUCGCGGAAAAGCCAACUGGGAACAUCUUGAAGAUGACUUGCACGUUCUGGUGCAGUGCGAGGACACAGAAAACCGAGUUCAUAUCAAACUUCAGGCGGCUAUCGAUCAAGUCAAGAAGCUUCUUGUUCCCGCUCCAGAGGGAACUGAUGAGUUGAAACGCAAGCAGUUGAUGGAACUGGCGAUCAUCAAUGGCACUUAUCGUCCAAUGAAAUCACCAAAUCCCACGAGAGUCAUGACCGCAGUACCGCUGCUUUCGCCUAAUCCGAUCAGAAGUCCGGCACCUGUCAUAAUGCCAACUCAGAAUUCUUCGUCGGUGCCAGCGGCGGCAGCAACCAUAUUGUCACCAACUAUGGGAUCGACAUCAUCUGGGCAAUUGCUUGGUUCAAACGUUUUUGAUUAUUCGUCGCUUUUGAGCCCGAACAUGUUUGAUUCGUUCGCUUCUCUUCAAUUGUCGAACGAAUUCCAAUUCCCGAAGUAUCCAACUACGACAUCUUUUGUUAACACGUUCCCAUCGUUGUUUUCAUCGAUUUCGUCAUCUUCGCAAACGAACAACGCUGCUCAAUCCCCUGCUUCUGUUGAUAGCCCGACUAGCAACUCAUCCCGCUCACAGCAUUCAUUCUGA